CUUAUAGUAGUCAAACUUCCCCAACUCUGUAAGCUCUCUCUCUCGCUCUCUCUCUCUCUCUCAUGGCGGCUCUGAGAAGAAUCCCUAAGGUCAUUUUGGGCCAAGUCUCACAUUCGCAAUCAAACCCUAGUUCUCUUCUACCUCCUCUCUCGCUCUUCAUUUCUCGCAGAGGCAUAGCUUCCAAGCUUUUCGUCGGAGGACUAUCAUUUUACACUACAGAUAAGGGAUUAUUAGAAGCAUUUUCCCAAUAUGGCCAAGUUAUUGAAGCUAAAAUUGUAAUGGAUAGAGUAUCAGACAGAUCAAAAGGCUUUGGUUUUGUGACCUUCGCAUUGCAAGAUGAAGCUGAGAAAGCCAAAGAAGAAAUGGAUGGAAAGACACUGAAUGGACGUGUUGUUUUUGUGGACUAUGCCAAGCCUCAAACAAAUUUUGGUGGUGGGGUGCCAAUAGCAAGAGGGCCUCCGGAGCCAACCACUGACCAAUGAUUGAUUACUUAUGCGAACUUAUAUCAGAAGCAUCACCAGCACCAGAAGCAAGAGCCAAUGCACUCUUACCUGAGAAACCUACGGUAACUAUAUUGAGCUGUUUGACAUUUGGCUACUGCUCACAUUUCUAUAUCCCGUUUUUGUUUUUUUGGUCAUAAUAUUUAUCUAAGAGAAAUAAACUUUGAAUUUACUGGAUACAAGAAUGUGCCUGUAAAGUUAAAACUGAAAUAUAAGCUAUGACUGAGACUGAGUUUGUCAUCUUGAGGUCUACGUUUUUUUCUUUUCUUUUUUAUUUUUAUUUUAUACUCUGGAUGGAAUCUAGUUUUUGUCAGUUUAUUCUCUA